AUGCUCGAUAAGAAAGAGACUAGGGCUGUCCCAUCGUCUCAGACAGUACAAGUACCCGGGAUCGAGAAUGCCGCGACGCCUCCCCCCGAUGGCGGCUACGGCUGGGUAUGUCUGGCCUGCUGUUUUACAGUCAACUGUUUCACUUGGGGUGUUGUAUCAUCUUACGGCGUCUAUCUAUCGUACUAUCUGACAAGCGACGCCUUUCCGGAAUCUCGACCUUUGGACUACGCACUCAUUGGCAGUCUGAACUUCGGGAUCGCAAUGCUCUCGGCUCCCAUGACCACGCGUCUGGCGCGCUCCUUUGGUAUCAAGCCACCGAUGCUAGCUGGAGCCGUGAUAUUCGGAGGGGGCUUUAUCGCCGCGUCGUUUGCUUGGCGCAUCUGGCAUCUUUACCUCUCGCAAGGCGUGCUGGUCGGGUUGGGCGUCGGCUUUGUCUACGUGCCCAGCAUUGCAGUUCUCUCGCAGUGGUUCGGCAGAAGAAGAAGUCUUGCCAACGGCAUCAGCUCCGCAGGUUCAGGGGUCGGUGGCUUGGUCUUCUCGUUCGCCAGUGGCGCCUUGAUAGAACAUCUUGGGAUCGGUUGGGCCCUCCGGGUCACUGGAGCCAUCGCGCUGUUAGCAUUACUUGUUGCCGCGGUCUUCCUUCGCGACCGCAACAGUAUCAUUCGACCAGAGCAGCACCCGCUUGACUUGGGCCUCGCAUGGCGGGCAGACGUCUUCUUACUUCUUUCGUGGGCCUUUCUCAGCAUGCUCGGGUACAUCCCACUACUUUACUCGCUCUCGGACUUCUCACUCUCGAUCGGACUGUCCAGACAACAGGCAACGCAGGUGACCGCCUUUCUUAACAUGGGCACUGCGAUCGGACGACCCUUUAUUGGCGUUGCAAGUGAUCGGUUCGGCCGGUUCGGAGUGGCCACCAGCCUGACUCUCCUCUGUGGGCUCUCAUGUCUUGCUAUUUGGAUCCCGGCCACGUCCUUUGGAGUCACAGUGUUCUUUGGCAUUCUGAGCGGAGCAAUCUUGGGAGUAUUCUGGAUGGUGCGUGCGCAUGCCUCCCAGUGCUAG